AUGGAGCUAGAUUUACAAGACACUUUCUUGCAUGAUGAGGAUCAGCAGUCACUACACAGCCCAAAAGUAACAUAUUCAGUAGCGCAUAAAAGAAAAAAUGAUAAAGGCCAGGAUGAAAAAAUAGUAACUGAUCAACAAGCUAAAGAAAAGGAGCAAGCAGAAAAUAUUGCGUCAUUGCUAAUGUCUAACUAUGAUAUGAAAUUAUAUGGAGAAGAUGAUACAUCACAACCUACAUCCCGUACAGCACCUAUCAUACCAAUAGAGGCCACACGCAAGAAGAAGAAAAGAAAGAGAUCUCAAAUAUCAAUAUGCCUUACGAAUUGCCGCUAUGAGUCAAUACGGAAGGUAGCCAGUGCCUUUGGAAUGCGAGAGGUAUCAGAAGAAGAAGCAUGGAACUUUUACUGGACCGACAUGAGCGUCUCUGUGGAAAGAGCUAAGGAGAUGAAACGUUUUCAGCGUAUUAACCAUUUUCCGGGCAUGCUCGAAAUCUGCAGAAAAGAUCUUUUAGCACGUAAUCUGAAUAGAAUGCAAAAAAUAUAUCCUAAAGAGUAUAAUUUCUUUCCAAAAACUUGGUGUUUGCCAGCAGAUUUCGGUGAAGCCCUGAAUUAUAGUAAAUCUCGUAAAAAUAAAACAUUCAUAAUAAAACCUGAAUGUGGGAGCCAGGGACGCGGAAUAUACUUGACCAAGUCAUUGAAAGAUAUCAAACCUACGGAUAAACUUAUUUGUCAGGUGUACCUUUCGAAACCUUAUUUAGUGGACGGCUACAAGUUUGACAUAAGAGUUUAUACACUAAUUACGUCUUGUGAUCCGCUUAGGAUCUUUGUUUAUAAUGAAGGCCUUGUGAGGUUCGCCACGAGUCGAUACGCGGACCCUAACGUGAAUAAUACAACUAACGUUUUCAUGCAUCUUACUAACUACGCACUGAAUAAGCAUAGCCGUACUUACGUCUAUGAUUCAGAAGCUGGCAGUAAACGCAAAAUAUCUACGUUAAACAAGAUCCUGUUGUCACAAGGCGUGGACUUAGACAGGCUGUGGCAUGCCAUAGACCAAGUGAUUGUGAAGACUAUUAUUUCUGCGUGGCCGAUACUCAAGCACAGUUACCACGCGUGUUUCCCAUCGCACGAUAUGGUGCACGCGUGUUUUGAAAUUCUUGGCUUUGAUAUACUUCUGGAUCACAAGUUGCAUCCUUACAUAUUAGAGGUCAAUCACUCCCCGAGCUUUCACACAGACACACAGCUAGACCGCGAGGUGAAGGAGGGUCUUCUCACUGAUACUUUCACGAUGCUCAACAUUUGGCAGUGUGACAAACGACGUGUACUAGAAGAAGAUCGAAAGAGGAUACGCGACAGGUUGCUGCAGACUAAUAAGUUUGCUGAUUUCACGCCUACAGAAGAUAAAGAGCCAGAAAAAAGUCCAUGGCAGACGCAAAUACAAUGGGAAGAAACACAUCUUGGAAACUAUAGACGCGUAUACCCUGUGGGUGAGCAGUACGCGUCGCUGUUCCAGCAGCCGUCGGGCUCACUGUACACCGGCACAGCCUCUUCACGGGCCAGGGGCGACUGCACGCGCAUACAGCGUGAGGAGUUUCAGCAAACAAAAGCCAAAGCGGAAGCUCUGAAGAAACCAUCUCAGUCGAAAUCUACUAAAGAAACGGAAAAAAAACCUGGUGAAGAAGGUAGUACCACGACGACAUCUGUGACUGUUGCCUCUACCGCUACCGCUGUGGACAAGGCCGCUAAAGCAAAGGCCCGUCUUGAAAAGGAACAGAAACGCAAAGAAAAAGAAGAGAGAGACAAGAAAUUAAGCGGCAAGACUUCGCUUGUUAGUGCCUCACAAGCUGCGCCCGUAGAGAACAUAAAGCCGCCAUAUGUGCUGUGUUCAUUCGAGCCAGACCCAAUAGUAGAGAAAGAGGAACGUGAGCGAGUUAAUCUGCUUGCACAGAGAGACUUCCUUAUACGAAGUUAUGGCAUGUUAGAACAGAUUUACUUAGUUAUGAAAAAAAUGGGAACACUACGGCCAGAAGAUGAACGGAAAUACGGCGUUUAUGGAAGACUUUCCGUUGUGUCGAACUCGCCCAAGACCGCCGUCAAGAAAAUUAAAACAGAUAACCAAAUGCCAAAAACCGUAGAGAUAACGUUGGCGGAGGACCCAUUCGCAGAACGUCCGGUUCAGAAAAUAGACACUAAAACGUCAACGGCUCCUCACCAAAACUUAAAUUGA